CCGCUCGUGCCACGUCAAACGUGACGUCACAGGAGGCGUAGCCCUGCGAACCAGGACAAGAGAGCAGUGAACGGCUCACUAACAUUAAUGGUCUUUGAGCGGAGAGGACGCUCUGUGGAAGUCUCCUCAGCUCACAAAGAAGCACAGUUGAGAUCUUCGUCAUGGACCCCAGCCGACUCGCCGCGAGGUUGGCUGAAGCCGGUCAGUCUCACCUCCUGCAGUUCUGGAAAGAGCUGAGCCCUGAAGAGCAGAGCGACUUGACCUUUGACCUGCAGGGGAUGGACUUUCAGGAGAUUAACGGGUUCUUCCAGAAGGCCAUGGAGACGUCCAGCGGGAGCAAACAGGAGAAGAUGGACUCUCGAAUGGAACCGGUCCCUCGAGAGGUUCUGGGGAGUGUGACGAGAGACCGGGAGAGACUGAAAGACUGGGAGGAAGCAGGCCUGCGGUGCAUCUCUCAGAGUAAAGUGGCUGUCCUGCUGCUGGCGGGGGGGCAGGGGACCCGGCUGGGAGUGUCGUACCCUAAAGGCAUGUACGACGUGGGGCUGCCCUCACACAAAACCCUCUUUGAGAUCCAGGCCCAACGCAUCCUGAAGCUCCAACAGUUGGCGGAGCAGAACCACCACGUCAAGAGCCAUGUUCCCUGGUACAUUAUGACCAGCGGCAGGACAAUGGAGGCCACCAAAGCCUACUUCUCCCAACAUCAGUAUUUUGGCUUGGACCAGAACAACGUGAUCUUCUUCCAGCAGGGGAUGCUCCCAGCGAUGGACUACGAGGGGAAGAUCCUCCUGGAGAAGAGGGGGAAGCUCUCCAUGGCUCCUGAUGGGAACGGGGGUCUCUACCGGGCUCUGGGGAACCAGGGCAUCAUGGAGGACAUGGAGCGGAGGGGCGUUGAAUUUGUCCAUGUUUACUGUGUGGAUAACAUCUUGGUCAAAGUGGCGGACCCCGCCUUCAUCGGCUUCUGUGUGAAGAAGGGAGCCGACUGUGGAGCAAAGGUGGUGGAGAAGACCAAUCCAACGGAGGCGGUGGGCGUGGUGUGCAAGGUGGACGGUCAUUACAAGGUGGUGGAGUACAGCGAGAUCACCUUGGCAACGGCCGAGAAGCGAAGCGCCGACGGACGACUGCUGUUUAACGCCGGAAAUGUGGCCAAUCACGUCUUCAGCUUCUCCUUCCUGCGCGACGUGGUGGAGAAGUACGAGCCGGAGCUGCAGCACCACGUGGCCCAGAAGAAGAUCCCAUAUGUGGAUCCAGAAGGUCGACUCGUCAAACCAGACAAACCCAACGGGAUCAAAAUGGAAAAGUUUGUCUUUGACAUCUUCCAGUUUGCUAAGACGUUUGUGGUGUACGAGGUCUUGCGGGAGGACGAGUUCUCGCCGUUGAAAAACGCGGACAGCCAGGACGCCAAAGACACGCCCACCACAGCAAGACACGCCCUCAUGUCGCUGCACCACCGCUGGGUGCUCACCGCUGGAGGCCACUUCAUCGACGAGAACGGCAGACAUGUUCCCGCUAUUCCCAGAAGCGGGGGAGCAGGCUCCUUCUCAGAUGAUGGCAAGACAAACCUGAAGGACGGAACAGACCUGCCAAUCAAAUGUGAGAUCUCCCCGCUGGUGUCCUACGGUGGAGAGGGUCUGGAGGAGCUGGUGAAGGGAAAAGAGUUUCAGCCAAACCUGAUGAUCGAUGAGACCGGAGUCCACCAGCUGGUGAAGAACGGAGUGUAGAGGAUGGGGGGGGUACCCGAAGAACAAGCUCCAUAUUGCCGCUCAAACUGUGAUGUCAUCACUGUGCAAUAAUAACAAUGUGGGGAAAGAAGCCGUCCUCUCCGUUAUGAUUGAAGUUUCCUUUACGUGUGAUUCUCUGCUCGGUGUUUGGCUUUAAACUUAUUUUUAUAUGAUCCAAUAGAAGCUGUUGGAAAUUAACAUCGAUUCCUUUUACCUGGUGAUUUUUAUGCAACAUGGGACUAGAUGAUCAGAAAGAUGCUAGCAGUUGAUCAAGCUACAUGGUGUGUGUGUGUGUGUGUGGAGGGGGGGGGGGUUAUAAUAUCUUAUCUACAUAUUUAUGUUUGUAAUCCUUGAAAAUGAGAUAUUAUCCAGCUGUAAGAGAAGCUUAGACUUCUUUUUAUUAAAGACAUGUCUGUUAGCUCAUUGGUGCUAACGUGCUAAAGGCCCCGUUCGUCCCUCCCUGCGUCAGAAGAACCUUCUGAUGGCUCCGUUCUGACAGGAUUCACAUUGGGUUCAGUAGGAAGUGCCUCUUUCCAUAUUUGUAUAAUUCUGUAGAUUUGACAGCUGAUUGUGGCUGAAGGACUUUAUCCGUUUAAACUUGGACUCUUUUGCACUUAUCCCUUCAGUCCAGAUUAUGAAAUGUUGGUCCUGUUUGACCCUCAAGUUGUGAGUGAGUCCCCCCCCCCCUCCAGGAGAACGACACAGGACGGAUUUCUACAUCCAGGCCGAGAAAUACGUCAUUUAUUAUUUUUGCAAAGUUAAACUGUGGAGAUUAAAGUAGUAAUUUAAAGAGCAAACUUUUGAGAAUAGAUCAAACUCAAUACUGAAUAUCCACUUUAGUCUAAUGAUAAAAUAAUUCUGCCUCCUCAUCGUUUCCCUUUUAACAUUAAAUACUUUAGCCACAAAAUCGGAUGAAUUAAAAUAUCUACA